AUGUCGUCUUCUAUCAAACUCCCAACUCUUUCCUUUCCCAAAACCAAAUGCCCUACGGCUCGUAAACCGGUUUUCUUACCUCGUCCGAGUUUCGAUAAGUCGUCGCUUUUAGAUGAAAGCAGGUCAUCACUAGUCGUGUGCUCGGCCGUGAGGCAGGACGAACGGACUUUGACCGAUCACCGCCUUGUCUUGAAAACCGAACUUCUCACUGCCAAUAAGCCAUCGAAUGUCGUGAAGCUGAUUGAUGAGGUGGAGGAGGCGUCGUUUAGGACCGGCAAGUUCGGAAGGUACGGAGGGAUUUUCGUGCCAGAGACGCUCGUGGACUGCCUCAACAAGCUCGUGCAUGAAUUCGAGUUGAUACUACGUGAUCCCGAAUUUCAGGUCGAGCUCGCUAUCGCGCUAAGAGAUUACGUGGGCCGUGAAACUCCUCUCUAUUUCGCCCAGAGGCUCACCGACCACUACAAGGACGGCAGGGGUCGUGGCCCCGAGAUCUACCUCAAGAGGGAGGACCUCAACCACGGUGGGGCCCACAAAAUCAACAAUGCCAUUGCUCAGGCCAUGAUCGCCCGCCGCAUGGGCUGCCAGAAUGUGGUGGCCGCCACCGGCGCCGGCCAGCACGGCGUGGCCACGGCAGCCGCCUGCGCCAAGCUCGGUCUCGGCUGCACGGUCAUCAUGGGCGACUCUGACAUCCAGAGGCAAUCGUCUAACGUGCUUCUCAUGAAACACCUCGGCGCCAAGGUAAAGUCCGUAAAGGGAACGUUCAAGGAUGCGACAUCCGAGGCCAUCCGUGAGUGGGUGGGCGACCUUGACGGGAGCUACUACCUGUCGGGCACGGCAGUGGGGCCUCACCCGUGCCCGAGCAUGGUGCGCGAGUUCCAAUCGGUGAUCGGUAAAGAAACCAAGCGGCAGGCCAUGGAGAGGUGGGGCAGAAAGCCGGACGUGGUGGUUGCCUGCGUGGGCGGUGGAUCCAACGCGCUCGGUAUCUUCCACGAGUUCGUGAGGGAUGAAGACGUUAGGCUAGUCGGGGUGGAGGCCGCCGGCACAGGAAUAGACGGAGGCAAGCACUCGGCGACUCUAGCCAAAGGGGAUGUGGGAGUGUAUCAUGGGGCCAUGAGCUAUUUGCUUCAAGAUGAAGAGGGUCAAAUAAUUGGGCCGCACUCGAUUGGGGUUGGGCUAGAAUACCCGGGUGUCAGCCCCGAACUGAGCUUUCUCAAGGACAUUGGACGAGCAGAGUUUCACACGGUCACAGACAAAGAAGCACUUGAUGCGUACGGACUUUUGUGUCGACUAGAAGGCAUAUUUCCGGCACUUGAAGCGGCUCAUGCGUUGGCCUAUCUCGAGAAGCUUUGCCCGACAUUGCCUGAUGGGGCUCGGGUGGUCGUUAAUUGCAGUGGCCGUGGAGAUAAGGAUGCAGAAACCGUAUUCAAGUAUCAACAAGAGCAAGCGGCGGCCGUGCAGCCUUUAGGCACACUUGCUAACAAAUGGUGA